CCGUAUAUUUAAAAAAAGACCGCUUUCCUGUUGUGGUGAUCAUUAGUAUUUAAAGUUCAGAUUAUAGACUGCAUCUUGUUAGUUGAUUCUUCUCUGAAAUUGUUUCAACCUUUAAGUAGCAUUUCAUACGAUUGUUUAAACUCGUUCAAAGUUGUUUUAAAGGCUCUGUUGACCUAUAAUGACUGGCAUUUGUUUUAACAUCCUUUGGAUGACAAAGAAAAAUCUGCUACUUUUCUGGCGUUCAUGGUUCCAGGCUAUUUUUGUUAUUGCUGUUCCUUUGCUCUUAGUAUGUGUACUUGUUUUCUUACGCGGAAGGACGUCGAGAGAUGUAGUUCAAGAGUCUUCACACUGGUCUUCAUUUUAUGUAGAUAGUGAUUUCUACUUUUCGCACAAAUAUGUGGUGUACGCUCCCAAUGAUACAGUAAGUCUCCAAAUUAUGAACAUGGUUUACAUGUAUACGAAUUUGCAACCUUUUGGCUUUAAAACGGAAAGUGAGGCUGUUGCGUAUUUUCAGAGCGAUGAUGUAAGAGUUCAACAAACAUUGGGAGCUGUGAUCUUUGUUUCUUCUCCCAAUUUGAAUGUGGCAAGUUAUACCAUAAGGCUUCGCUCCAAAACUGACUGGUAUACGAGAACGUUAUUCCCAAUGUUUUUCAAAGGGGGUCCGAGAUCUACGGAUAUUGCAGCGUCUCCUCCCAACUAUAAGAAAGAAUUUUUAGUUCUGCAAUACGCCAUAGAUCGCUCCUUAAUCAACAUGAAUUGCAAAACCAAUGAUUCGUCCCAAAAAUUGAAGGUUGUCUUACAGAGAAUGCCGUUUCCACCUUAUGUCAAAGAUGAUUUCAUAAUUAUCAUCCAAAAACAGCUGGCACUUGCGUUGAUAUUGAGCUUCAUUUUCCCAACAUUAUACUGCAUUCGACUUAUCCUGAUCGAAAAACAACGAGGAAUGAAAGAAAUGUUGAAGCUUCUGGGAUUGGGAGAAUCAACUUAUUGGUUUUCUUGGCUGAUUGCGAACUCGUUUGUGUUCAUUCUCAUUAGCCUCUUUCUUACUAUUUUGCUCUGUUUUCCAUUAUCAGGAAAUGGCCCUAUUUUGGGACUAUCGAAUCCAUUCCUUAUUUUCUUGUCUAUACUCCUAUAUGGUAUCAGUAUUUUUACGUUUGGAUUUGCUCUUUCUACUUUAUUCAACUCUGCUCAUACUGGGCGCCGGUUUGGGUGUACAAUUCUCAUCUUAUUUCAAACCAGCUUCUCCAGAUGACAGUCUAUCUAUUCAUUUCCUAUGCUCAAUGUUUAUUUUUGAUUCUAUUGUAUUUCUAAUACUAACUCACUAUAUAAGUGCUGUUUGGCCCGGAAAAUAUGGUAUUCCUAAACCAUGGUACUUUCCAUUUCUCUGUUUAUAUCGGCGUAAACUAACUUUGGAAGUUCCGGUGGACAGUCUACAAUCGAAUGAGCUGACAAGAAAUGUAACAGAAACAACAGGAUUACUCUCUGUACCGAAUACUGAUAGUGGAAAUCAACAGUUGAGAACCAGCCAACAAAUAAACACUAAUGAUACAGAGUUUGUCCUAUCAGAUCCAUUUUCUGAGAAAAACGAAUCCUUACGGAAGCGUAACGAUGAUGGUUAUGGCACUCUUGAACAACUAUCUGCACCAAGUGAAGAUUUCGCCCAGCAUAAACACUUCGAGGACGAACCUACUGGUUUGCGGGUUGGAAUUGCGAUCCAUCAACUACGUAAAGUCUAUUCUAACAAACAGUCUACGGUUGUCGCUGUGUCUGGUUUAACAAUGAACAUUUAUGAAGGUCAAAUAACUAUACUUCUAGGGCAUAAUGGAGCUGGUAAAACUACAACGCUAUCAAUACUAACGGGUUUAUAUCCACCCACUUCUGGUACAGCUUAUAUAUAUGGCCAUGAUAUUCGUAAUGAUAUAGAAGGUGUUCAUGGAAAUCUUGGUUUUUGUUCACAACAAGACGUCUUAUAUGAUACAUUAACUGUGGAGGAACAUCUUUAUCUGUUUGCUCACCUCAAACGUUGUGAUAGUUCCACUAUCAAACAACAAGUAGAAAGUACGUUGAGAAAGAUAUACUUACUUGACAAGAAAAGGGAGUAUUCAAAAACAUUAUCUGGUGGAAUGAAACGUAGAUUAUCUAUUGGAAUGGCCCUGAUAGGUGAUUCUAAAGUUCUUAUAUUUGAUGAACCUACCUCAGGAUUGGAUCCUGAAGCGCGUCGUCAAGUUUGGGACAUACUACAAGCCGAACGUCAACAGAAAACAAUCAUAGUUACAACACACUACAUGGAUGAAGCUGACCAUUUAGGUGACCGCAUCGCGAUCAUGGCUGGUGGUGAACUCAAAUGUUUCGGAUCACCGUUAUUCUUGAAAUCAAAAUAUGGUGCCAGUUAUUUACUGUCUAUCAAUAAAGAAUCCACUUGUUCAUCUGAAUAUGUAUUACAACAAGUUAAUCGUUACAUCCCUAAUGCAUUCAUACGUAGUGAUUAUGGUGAAGAAAUCCGCAUACUACUACCAUUAGAAUCGAUCGAUAAAUUUGCUAAUCUGUUUGAAAAUUUGGAAUCAAAUAAAACUAAUUUGGGCAUUUCAAGUUUUGGUGUAUCUGUUACAACUAUGGAAGAAGUAUUCUUUCAAGUUUGUGAUCAAUCAAAUAUAGUCAGUUGUUGCAAUCGGGAAACUCAUAAGGGCAAACUCAAAACAAGUGAACAAAGCCAAUGUAUACCAGAAACUGAAUUCGGUCACAAACAACCACUUAAUCAGGGCUUUUUAUUCUACCGCCAACAAUUAAGUGCUCUAAUAAUCAAGCGUUACAUAUUCACAAAACGUAAUUUGAUAUUUGUUCUCAGUCAAAUUAUUGUACCCAUUGCGUUUACUUUGAUCGCUUUAUCCAUAUUUCAUCAUUUACUUGAUCAGAACAAUUCACUCGAUCCACGUCUGGAUUUAUCAUUAAAACCUUAUGGCAAUAAUUUAUUGCUUACGUAUAGUAAUGAAGCAGAUGGUUGGGAAAAUCGUCACAGCGCUAACCAAUUUAUUCAAUCCUAUGUGCGACAGUUUGAUAAUCAGCAAGUUACGCCUAUUGAGUUUAAUACAUCCACAGGAGGUUAUGAAGAUCAUCUAUUGAAACAAAUGGCCAUCCCUCACUUGUUUUACUUCCGUCUCAAAUCCAUUAUCGGACUAGUGGCUGAUGCAAAAUCAACUGUGAAUGACAAAAUCAUUUCGUUACGUGCUUACUUUCAAGGUGAAUCAUUUCAUGCUGCUCCGAUUUCUCUGAAUGCAGUCGUGAACGGAUUUUUACAGUACUUAACUUCAGUUAACCAGACAAUGUGCCCUGGUCUUACUACUAACAAUAGUCCACCGCAGAUUUAUGUAUCUAACCAACCUCUACCUGAAACUAAAGAGGAACGUGCCAAACAGAUUGAUGAAAUUGAAGGUCUUAUGCGCGUUGUAAUGGCCGGCUUUCCAUUAGCAACGAAUAUCCUUCUCGCAACGUCCUAUUUGGCCUCUUGUUUUGCUUUUUUCCCAGUUUACGAAACUGUAACUAAGGCGAAACAUUUACAAUUCGUGUCCGGAGUAAAAUUAACACUCUACUGGAUAUCUAUUUAUUUAUGGGAUCUAUGUAUAUUUUGUCUGUCCGUUGGUUCCAUACUAUUAUGCUUUGUGGCAUUUGAUUUGAAACAGUUUGCUCUUGGUGAAAGGUUUCACAAUUUAGUUAUUCUGUUUGGAUUGUUCAUAUGGUCUGUAUUACCGCAAACAUAUUUAUUGUCUCGACUAUUCCGAUCACCUACAUCUGGCUUAAUUUGGAUUACCGUGAUCAAUAUAUUCACUGCGUCUGUUGGUCUUAUAGUAGUUGGCUUACUAUCUCAUCCAAUGAUCCAUCAACAAACAGUUGGGAUUAGCUUGAUGUAUUUUUGGAUGGCUAUUUCUCCAUCAUUCUGUCUUUCUCAUGGCAUAUUCCAAUUAUUUAUUAAUUAUCAGUUUCGUCAAGUUUGCGAUUUUCCGCUUGUUCAAUUAUUAUGUCUUGUGAACCGAUCGAAUGCUUGCUGUUUAAAAACAUGUGAUCCAUUCUGUGCAUAUUGGACUAACAAGGAAUUAUCGUAUGAAUUGGGCGGUAUUGGCGCCCAUCUUACUGCCUUAUCUAUACAUGGCUUUCUUUAUUCUCUCCUUGUAUUAAUUUCAGAUUCAUCAAUUGGGAGAAACUUAAAAAUCCGACUGACCAUAUUGUACAGACACUGUCGUCAUCGAAAUUACAAUCGUGGAUCAUGUUUAUCAAAUCAACAUCACGAUGACUUAAGUUUUGACGAUGGUAAUUCGCCAGUUGAGGAUGUUGAUGUGCGCCAACACAGGCAUCUUGUUGAAUCGUUGCCAUAUGCGCGACUAAAAGAACAAACUUCCCUUGCACUUUGUCGUAUUAGUAAAACUUAUGGAUCAAUUGGUGCUUGCUGUAAACAAAAAAAGAAACGAGCAGUAGACCGCUUAUCUCUAGCUAUUCUUCCAUCCGAAUGCUUCGGUUUAUUGGGCGUAAAUGGUGCUGGGAAGACGACAACCUUUCGAAUGAUAACAGGAGAUUUGGAACCUAGUUCUGGACAAAUAUUAGUUGUUGGGCAUGAUUUAAAUAGAAAUUUACGAAAAGCACAACAGUCUUUAGGCUACUGUCCACAAUUCGAUGCACUCUUACCAUAUCUCACUGGAAAAGAAACACUGCAAUUAUUUGCCCGUCUACGCGGAAUUCAAGAAAGGCUUUUGAAUACAGAAAUUGAUCAACUAUUAUAUGAUCUAAAGUUAACUAAACUUGCUCACGUUUUAGUCAGUCGAUACAGUGGUGGAAAUCGACGAAAGUUAAGUGUAGCAGUGGCGCUUGUUGGUGAAACUCCACUUAUUUGUUUAGAUGAACCUACUACUGGUGUGGAUCCAGUAUCACGUAGACAUAUUUGGAAUUCGCUCUUAAAAUAUAGACGUCAAGGGCGUACGCUGAUACUCAGUUCGCAUAGUAUGGAAGAAUGCGAAGCAUUGUGUUCUCGCCUCAGUAUUUUUGUCAACGGUAGAAUGAAAUGUUUAGGAACCUGUCAACACUUGAAAUCACGUUUCGGUCAUGGUUAUAGUCUUAACAUACAAGUUAUGAUUCCGACAGUAAAUCAUCUCAGUUCGCCUCAUACGGAAUCAACUUUGUCAUCAACAUCAAGUUCUUGUGAGCCGAAUGUUGAUAUUGGUGCCCAUCUCCAGCAUCGUUCAUCAUUAAUUAAUGCAGUAGAUAAUGUUAACAACUUUGUUAAGUGUGAAUUUCCUGAUGCAUGCUUAGUUGAUUGCCAUCAGGGUGUACUACAAUAUCAUUUGCCGACAGAUGGGGCAAAUCCAAUACGCUUAAGUCAUUUAUUCCACUUGAUGGAAUCAAAUAAAACACGUCUCGGAUUACUGAAUUAUUCAAUUAAUCAAACGACUCUUGAACAAAUAUUUCUAGAUUUAAUUAAAUUACAAGAAGAACCCGUAAAUCAAUAA